GCGGCUUGUGUUGGCCAGAUCGUUGCCUCCCUCAUCAACCGCGUCAGCAAGGUAGCACCACAGCAGGAAAGCAAUCGCAUCCGAACGACCAUGUCCGAGAAAGCCCAAUAUGUGCUUCCCAAUACACAGCCGAUCGUCGAGUUGGACUGUGCCACCGCAUUCAACAAUCUGACUGAGAAGGAGAAACAAUAUGCCCACUAUUUCAGUAAGGCAUCUUGGACCGGAGGGUUGAUUGCACUGGUUCAAUCGAGCCCGGAAUCGCCGCUCAUUUUCUCGUUGCUGCAUCGCAUAUUUCUGGCGGAAUCCGUAGAAGACUUGAAGAAGUCUGCACUUGCGGCGGAUGUGUCCGAGGAUGAGUUCACCGCCUUCCUGGUGUACACCUGUGGCUUUCUGGCUAACGCUGGUAACUACAAAGGCAUGGGUGACAGUAAGAUCGUACCGAACCUGGAGGAGGAUAAGUUUGUUACGAUCGUCAAAUGCUCGGCCGCCUACAAGGCAAACACGGCAGCCAUCGAGUCGUUGCUGGAAAAGACGAAAGGCCCAAUCUUUGCCCUCACGGAACGCGCUAAAACGCUGGGGCUCUGCGAUACCGGCAUUACCACUUAUUUCUCCAGCAACGUUACCCGCGAAGACACCGAACUGAUCAGCGAAUGGAUGAAGGAGCAAAAGUUCGAAGCUUACAUCUGUCGCACCUUUAAAACGGUGGACACCGCGGGAAAGACGGUGUAUGACAUCAAGUUGGCAUCGAGCGAGGUCGGCGAUCGGAAAGGAUUGACACGAGAACCAGAGGAAUAUAAGGGAUGCAUUUUCAAGAUUACUCGCGGUGAUUACCGCGAGCUGAUCGGCAAGGUAGCGGAUGAACUGGAGCAGGCCAAAAAGUUCAGCGCGAACGAAAAUCAGCAGCGCAUGAUCGAGGCGUACAUCGAGAGCUUCCGUGAGGGCAGCUUGGAUGCGCACAAAACCGGCUCGCGGUAUUGGAUCAAGGAUAAGGGACCAGUGAUUGAGACGUACAUUGGAUUCAUCGAAACGUACCGUGAUCCUGUGGGACAGCGGGGUGAGUUCGAAGGAUUCGUGGCAAUGGUGAACAAGGAGAUGUCGGCCAAAUUCGGCGAGCUGGUUUCGAACGCCGAAUCCUUCAUCAAGCUUCUUCCGUGGGGCGAGGACUAUGAAAAGGACUCGUACCUCAAACCGGACUUCACCUCGCUGGACGUGCUAACCUUUGCUGGUUCGGGUGUGCCGUGUGGCAUUAAUAUUCCAAACUAUGAUGAAAUUCGUCAGGACGAAGGCUUCAAGAACGUGUCGCUAGGUAACGUACUUGCGAACACCAACAAAACCGAUUCAAUUCCGUUCCUCACGGAAGAAGAUCAGGCGCUGAUGAAAAAGUACAAGUCGGUCGCAUUUGAGGUGCAAGUCGGCCUCCACGAACUGCUCGGUCAUGGGAGUGGCAAGUUGCUGCGCAUUAAUGAGAAAGGCGAGCACAAUUUCGACCUCGCUAAGCUGAAAAAUCCUCUCACCGGUGAACCGGUUGACUGUUGGUACGAGCCGGGCGAAACGUACGAUUCCAAGUUCAAGUCGCUAGGCUCCUCGUACGAAGAGUGCCGAGCGGAAGCAGUUGGACUUUAUCUUUGCCUGAACCGCGAUAUUCUGAAGAUAUUUGGUCAUACCGAUGAGCAGGAGAUUUCGAACAUCAUCUACGUGAACUGGCUGCUGCUGGUUUGGGGUGGGGUUGGCGUUGCCAUGGAGCUUUACAAUCCUACCCAGAAAGCAUGGCUUCAGGCCCAUUAUCAGGCUCGGUUCGUGAUUAUGAAGGUGCUGCUGGAGGCAGGUGAGGGGCUGGUAACCGUCAAGGAAACGGAAGAAGGUAAAAACCUGCUGCUCACCUUCGAUCGCACGAAGAUCGAGACGGUUGGCAAGGAAGCGAUCCGCACGUUUUUGCUGAAACUUCAGUUCUACAAAUCGACGGGAAAUGUGAAGGCCGCCACGGAUAUGUACAACCACUAUUCGGAAGUGACGGAAGGCGAUGGGCCACAUCCGUGGGCCAAAUGGCGCGAUAUUGUGCUGCUGCACAAAAAGCCUCGCUUGAUUUUCCUCCAAUCGAACACGGCCAUUGCCGGAGAGGGUGAGUCGAGCAAAGUGGAGCUGAAGACUUACGAAGCCAACUUCGCGGGCUAUAUCCGCUCCUGGACUGACCGUUUCCCAGAAGCCACCAUCGAUGAGGUGCUUGAGCGCAUUUAUGAGGAAGACAAACAGUACUUCCAGAAUUUGUAUUAAAAAAGCACUAUCUGCGUACGGUGCGUUAAAGGAUGUAACCGGAUGAACCAAGCAAGAAUUGAUUAUCAUCGACCCUUGGGGGAAUAAAAACGAUUAUUUUAAUUGUA